AUUUUAACCCCACGGCUUGAGAUACGCAUUAACUGGAACACGAGAUGAGAACGUGGAUUAUCCUGGUAGCGUGCAGUAUAGCCGCUGUAACCGCCUUACAUCGGUACAAGCGAAGAGCAUACGAGCUUCCAGAUGGAGCUGAGUUACUUGUUGGAAAUAUUCGAACUACGUUUUCGUGCCCUGGGGAUGGCUAUUAUGCUGACGUGGACAACGACUGUAAGAUAUUCCACGUUUGUCAUACGGUCACUCAUGCUAAUGGUCCAUCGGAGGUUCAACAGUGGAGUUUCCUGUGUGGAAACCUUACGUUUUUUAACCAGUUGACCCUAACCUGCGGUUUUGCAGAUGAAGUGGUACCGUGUGUUAACUCUACAUACUUUUUUUAUGUUAAUGAUAACAUCGGCCUUAAAGACACUCUCUUCCUGACAGAGCAGGACAUAGAAAAGGCUGUUCCGCUGAAGGCUCGUAUUCUUCCUCCAGAUUUACGUAUUCUUGCGAGCCAAACAGUUUUAAAAAAAGCACAGAAGGCCGUGUAA